AUGUAUCCCCGAGUAUUUGUGCGGCGGGUGAUCGCUGCUUGUGAUCGUAUCCUAGCGUUGAUCGCGUGGGUGGGCUGUCUCACUCACGAGGAGGGCUUCGAGAAGGCUGAGCUUUCUCUAAGCGAUGGAUGCAUACCAAAGCGGACUGCGGCCCGGCAGAUGGCAGCGGUCGAAGCGUAUGGGUGGCACGUCAGACUUGUGCCCAGUAGGAAGCGCAAGGUUGAACGGGAUAACUUUGGUAUCUUCAGUAGACGAGAUGAUGAUCGUCCAUCGUCAGACAACCGCUCCUCGGUACCAGCGAUUGACUGGCUGUGCUACGGAUAUACCAGCAAGCCGUACUUGGACCCAAGGAACUAA